CAGAUGGUGUGUGUUAUGUGCGUGUGCCUGCCUCCUGAGUGUGUGAGACGAGCUCGGAUCAUGAGCCAGGGUUGUUCCAAGUGGUUUUAAUCAGCAGCCCAUUAGAGGAGAACGGAAAACUUCAAACAGGGUAAGAACCGAGUUGUUCCAGUAACUCCAUGGGAAGGUGUUCCCCAAACCUCUGCUCCUCUGGAACUUGUGACUUCUUGCCUGGCACCAGGAAAACACUCAGCAGCAGGAAUGGGAAAAUUCAUGCUAGUUUUGGGUAAAGUGUGCCUCUGACGUUUUUUACCCUGGCAAGACGUGGCUGCUUGGACUGCAACUGCAAUGUGGCAAAGGGCAGAGUGAGGUGGGCAGAGAGGCCAUGGUGUGUGGGCAAGUCCCCAGAUGCCGCAGGCUUUGUCGCCCCCGUCCCUUCCUGCUGGCCUUAGUGGUGGCCCUCUGUCUGUUCUGCCAGACCCUGACUCCUCUCAUGACCAGCAGCAUCCUUUCGGCAGUUGUUAAUGGGAUUGCACCCAACAAACUGGCUAAAACACAGCGAGGAAGAUACAAGGAGGUCUCCCCAAGCACCAUUCACUGCUUCCUCCCUGGCAGCAAUUCAGAGACAGUGAAAAAGAUCGAUGCCUCCAUUCUCCAGUACUUUGGAAGCCACACGAGAAGAGCAGUUCUGUAUGCACCUCCUGCUCACCAUGAAGCUGACCGUCAGCUCUGUCAGCGCAUCCUGGCAAAACAUGGAUAUACCGUCACAGUCCUUGGAAACAGGGGACUCGUGGAAGAGCUGAGGCAUGAGGGCCCUUACCACAGUGGUAUGAACCCAUGGGAUCUUUUCAUCUGCUUAUCUUCCAGAAAAAAUGGUGGCACUGGCUGCUUUCAAACAGAAGAUUUGCAUAAUCUAGAGCUUUUCCAGAAGGUAAACCUACUUCCAGAAAUCCAGCAUUUUCUUUGCAGAAAAGAGGGAUUAUGCCAGAUAGCAGAAGCCUUUUCAGACCUGCAGCUCCCACUUGUGACCCCAGACUGUUCUGGCCAGCCUGGACUGCCAAGGGCCAGCACCACACGAAAUGUGUCCCAGGGCAGCGCAGUCACUGAGCAGGCACGUGCCUCCCAUCUGCAGCACUGGUGGAAGCAGAGCAUGAGCACAAAGCUGAAUCAAGUAUCAACAUCAGACCACAAGGGUGUCCUUAAAGCUCAGGACUUUUCUGUAAUCAUCAAAGCAUAUGUGCUUGUGACAUCCUUAACACCUCUGCGGGCAUUCAUCCAUUCAACCACCACUGUCUGGCAUCCACCCAAGAGGAAGCAUUUUACCAUAAAGCUGCAAAAGUUUUUUGAGAUAUUCUUCAGAAACAGUUCUCCCCAACAAGCCUUCAACAACAUGAAGGAGGCUAUAAACAAACUUCUACUUGUAACUGAGGUCUUCAGCAAAUCAUCUGCCUCAGGACCAAAUUCUUUCAAUCAAUGCAGCCAAUGUUUUCAGAUGCUUACCUUUGACAUUGGAUUCGACAUGUCCAUACACCCAGUAGUUCUAAAGGUGCAUGAAAACUUUGACUUCCAAGUUGACAAUGAAUCGACUACUCAGGACCAAAUUUCCAAAGAACUUCUUUUUGAAGAUACAUUUAAAUUUCUCUUAUCUAAUGAAUCCUCAACAUCCAGUUUCAUAGAAGCUUUGCAAAAAAUAUAUGAAUCAUCUGUGAGCAAGGAUGGAACAGACAACAGAGAAGCUGAGCAAUGUUUCUCUUUGGAAGAGAUAAAUUCAAUGACUACUUUCAUAAAGGAGCUGAAGAGUCUUGGACAAUUUGAGCUGCUUUUCCCUUCUUCUGCACCCAAGAUCCAAAUGCUGCUGCGCGACCUCUAUCGAGUGCUAGACCCAAUGAGGCGGCUUAGUUCAGUCCUGACUGUGCACUGGUUGCUGUCCAGUGUCCUUCAACAGUUCCAGUUCAUGAAUAAAGAGGCACAUACAAAUCUUUCAGAGUGGCAACUUUCUCAAGAAAAUAUGAGUCCCAAGCAGAAUGUUCCUUCUGACUUCAAGAAGAGUCAUGAAGCAUUGCAUUAUUCCAGUAAGACUGGAGAAAGACAAUGCAGUUAUGAUAAAGAUACCCUAUCUCGUAUCAGACAGAUCUUCACCAGUCCACAGUUGGACCUGAAUCCUCAGUUUAACCCAAAGAUCAGAGAAUACUAUGCAGAAGUGCCCUUUGACAUGGUGACAGUGAAGAUAGGAGCAGAACCCUCUAACUGUCAAUGCCAUGUGCACCUCGACAACAAGAAAGGGCCAAGCAUUGCUAACUACCCCCUUGGCCUUGGGCUGAACAAAGUCAUCAUUCUUAUUACGGAUGAUUCGCAGCCCAGCCCUGAGAUUGUGAGCAGCUACAGAAUCACAAUUUAUCGCGAGGACCGCCCCAGCCUCCCUUUGUUUGAUGACUACAUGAUGUGUGGCUUUGUGCAGGACUGUGGUUCCAAAAUUCGCCCAGAGGAGUCCUGUGGCUUGCAGCCUCUCUCUCAUGAAUACCUCUCAGCAAUUUCACAGACAGUGUUUAAGACCUGUGAAGCUGGAGACACAAAAGGGCAGUGGAUUGUCCCCUGCCUGAGCUGCUCUGACAACAGGACCUGUGACUGGAGAGCAAUAACGUGGCAGCCCCACGGCUGCCGACACUCUGUGCUGGCCAAGCCCGAGCUCCAGCGCUGCGUGGAGGGCAGAAGGAUUCUUUUUAUAGGUGACUCAACUAACAGAGGGAUGAUGUAUUAUCUAAUUGAAAGAGUGAAUAAGACUCUUCAGGAAUGGCAGAAGACUCAUGAUGUUAAAUGUUAUCACAAUAUCAAUGAGGGGAAAACAUUUAUCAGUUACUCCUACUACCCCCAGUUCUGGAUGAAUGCAAACCAGAGACCGACUUUUGAAAAAGCACUGGAACAGCUGCUGCAGAGAUCACGUCCCCUGGAGAACACAGACCAGACUGUAUUAAUUGUAGGUGGUGUUCAGUGGCUUAAUUCCAAUCACCUGCAAAUUAUCCAAAAGGUGUUGAGCAGGGAAAAUCUAUCAAAUAUCCUGGUAAUUGUCAAAUCCAUAGGGAUGGGCUUUCACCUUCCAGUGGAUGGAAUCCAUUCUCUGUCACAGGCAGAAGUGCAAAACUUGUGGAAUGAAAACUUGAUUAUUCUGGAUACAGCAAAAAAUUUGGGCUAUGAAGUGGUUGACACCUUUGUCAUCACCAUGGGACGCUACAAAGAAUUCCUGCAGGGGAAGUGUGGCUGCCAUUUCCAUGAGGUGGUGAAAUCCAAUCCCUCUGAAGAAAGGCCACACAUAACAAUGACGUUAUCGGGGCACUAUACGCUGGGGAAAUAUUUCGGCAGUCAAAGCACAGCAUCACAACUGCAGGAGUAUGCAACAAAUUCUCAGUCCCCCUAUCAUGUCCGAGGUCCAAUAAAUCAAGUUUAUUCUGAAAUCCUUCUCAGCAGGCUCUGUGCACGUAAGAGGGAGUUUGUCAGCACAUAGCCUCUCUUGGAUGUAGCACCGAGACUAGAGAAGUGCCACUGCCUGAGGGACAAUUGAAGGAGCACAGUGGAUUAAGAUAUGCUUCCUCAACUGACUGCAUACACACAAAGAGAGUUUGGGACAUGUGGUAUUUUCCCAAAAACCUUGUGAAAUUAAGAUAUGCCCUGGUGACUCUUUUGUGUGAAAGUGGAAAAUGGAGGGUUGCAAAGGAGAGAAGAGGGGAAGUUACUUGAACUGUUGCCAAAGACUAGAACAGCUGUACUUCAAGCAAGUGUGUAUUAUUGAUAGCAAAAAGAGACCUAUAUAUUCACUUGAACAUUUGGAAAGGGCUGCUUUAGGUCUUCAGCACUAUCUACUUUUCUAUUUAUGGAAACACUGUAAUAUUUGAAUGUAUUUAGAAACUGACUACAUUCCGUUUGAAAGAGUUUUAUUUUAUGUGGAGAGUUUUCACUUCCAUAUUAUACAUUUUCUGUUUAGAAACUUGGUUUAUAGAAUCUGAAAAUGUCUAUUAGCAUUUUACUGGUGAUGCUGAGUUUUGAACUCUAGUGUUUUUAGUAAAAACACAUCUCUUUGUAUUUUAGAUGAACAGAUAUCUACUCUAUUUUUUUGCAUGUUCUGAAGCUAAUAGGGAGAUAGAUUAGCUAUACUUGAGACUGAUUGAAACUGUCUCAAUGUAACAUGUAAAUAUAGUGAAUUUGUUAACAUUAAUUUAUUUAUGGUCCCAGUUUAGGAGAGUGUCCAUAUGCAGGAAGAAUGCUUAGAUAAGUGCUUCAAUGUCUACCUUGGCCUGAAAGCCAAUCAAGUAUUCUUCCUGCAGAGAAGUGCCAUUUCUUUAAUGAUAUUUUUAUAAAAUGCUUGCCAGUGUGUGCAGCCAGUACUGCAAACAUAACAAAAACCCCCCUUUCAAGCACACAUAAGAUUUUCAAGAUCUGGUAAUUUAUCAAUCACAGGAAGCAUGUGAUGUGAUGGCAGCAGAAUAUACUGCCAGCAUCGCUUGCUUGGCACAGCCAGCCAGUUUCAUUUCAGUCCUUCUCUGAACUGCAGCUUCAUGCUGUAGCCCAGCUACAUCCCCAGUGUUUGCAGAAUUUCUGUGGGUGACACCCCGGGGAGAAGCUGUGUGUUGGUCCCCUCCAUAGUGCUGGCAGCCCUCUCCUUCACAGCUGUGGUACCCAACGGGAAACCGUGCACAGCCCAGGAUUAGCAGCUGGGUGACAGGUUAGUGGCAACCCACAGGACUGCUGUCCCUAAAAAUUAUCCACUUAUGGAUUUUUAUUCAUCCAGUCACACAGCAGGCAAUCAAGGCACCGCUCUGCCACUAUGGUGUUUUAACGAGGUAGGUGCAAGUCUAACAAAUGAUCUGCUGAGUUCUGUGUCAUGCUUCUCUGCCACAAUUUUACAUAAAAUCCUCCCCUAGCAUCUUCUUUGGGAAAGGAAGCCACAAAAAAUGUCAGGGAAUAAACAAAGGACAGGGCUGCCCUGUGUAGAAUUAGGGCUAGCAAGUCAUGACACAACAUUUAGUAUUUGCCUAAGAUCCUGUAUCUAUCCACAGUUUGUGUGCCCAGCUGUAGUUUUGUGAAUUUGUGCUUCUUCAGGUAAGAUAUGUAGUUAUAAUAGGAAAUUGUCAUCCAAUAUGGAGUUUGGCAUCCUAGGUGAUAGAGAAUAUCCUCCAAAAUGGGAUCUUGCAUACCUAAUUUAAGAUACCUUUCACUAUAUUGAAAAAGCUCCGAACUUACAUAAUGACAAAAUUAGUGAAAAUGGUGUGAUUAUAUCUGUUUCUGUAUAAUAUGCUGCUGAUUGCUUACAGUAAAUAUCUCCAAAUUUCAACGUAAGGUUUUCCCUGGCAUGGAAAUCUACGUAAAAGAUGGGUCAGGAGCUGUGCAUAAAUACUGAAUAUAUCAAUAUUUGGUUUUCAGCAAUAUGAUUAUCUAAAGAAAAUAAUUGUAUGCAAAAGAUGUAAUAUAUUCUCUUGGGUGUGGAAAUCCAGAGCUUUACAACCUAAAAGCUGAAGGAUAGAAUAUCAUCAUUAAUGUUAGUAGAUGCAAAAUGCAGCCAGAUGUCUUUGGUAUUAAGAUGAUCGAUGAUAGGUAUAUUACAGUUCUGCUUCUGAUAAGAUUUUUUUGUAGCUCAUUUAAAUCCACAUGCUGUUACUGUUAUUGUUCUGUACACAAAUGUUUUUAAGCCAUUAACUAGGCUUUUAUGGGUUUUUUUUUAGCUAAAAUCUAUUGCUGAAGCAUCAGCUUAGUGAUGAAAAGAAAAGAGCUGACUUUGUUAUACUCUAGUGGAUAUCAGUGAAUGUGCAAUUCAUCAGUUCUGGUUUCACCACAAAAUGGUUUACAUGUGCUGUACACCCAGAUGUCUUAAUGUUUUCCAAAUCUUGAUAUUUUUCAAAUGUAUUAAGUGUAUAUUUACCUGUGUGUUUUGUAUUUUUUACAUGUCUAUGUACAUUAAUAUGUCUGUACAAAGUCAUUGGUACAAUUUGCAAAUUGAUCUUUAUUUAAAUGAGUUGUUUGAAUAAGCUGUUUCCAACACUGUGUAUGAUCCACAUAGUCUUAGGAAUAAACAAAGGAUAGUAAGCUACAUUUUUGUUAUUUAACUUUAAAAUAUAUCUAGUAUCUCUAUCUAUGUGAAAGGUGGGAGUUGAGAUUCACAUGCAAGGAUUGCUUGCUCAUAUGCAUUAAAAUUUAUAGAUUAAGACAAUAAAAGGAUUACUGUGUUUGAAUUCCAGUGAGAGCACAUGUUGCUGUCUACAGUUUACUAUACAAUUAUUAUAUCUGCUGUGACAUUUUGCCUGAAUAAACAUGAAAUUGUUCUUAUA